ACACACCAUCCCAGAGAGUGCAAUUUAUCCUUGGUAUAGAGGAUGAUGAUGAAGAACACAUUCCACAUGAUCUUUUUACUGAAAUGGAUGAACUUUGUUUUAGAGAAGGAGAAGAAUAUGAAUGGAAAGAAACUGCCAGAUGGCUAAAGUUUGAAGAAGAUGUUGAAGAUGGUGGUGAGCGAUGGAGCAAACCUUACGUGGCUACCCUGUCUCUUCAUAGUUUAUUUGAAUUGAGAAGUUGCAUUUUAAACGGAACGGUUAUGUUAGAUAUGAGAGCCAAUUCGCUGGAUGAAAUAGCAGACAUGGUAUUGGAUAACAUGAUAGCUUCUGGCCACCUUGAUGAAUCAAUGAGAGAAAAUGUCAGAGAAGCCCUUCUGAAAAGACAUCAUCAUCAGAAUGAAAAAAAGUUUAGUAAUCGGAUUCCCCUCGUCCGAUCCUUUGCAGAUAUAGGCAAGAAACAUUCUGACCCUCUCUUGCUUGAAAGAAAUGGGGAAGGCCUUUCAGCCUCCCGCCAUUCUUUACGAGCAGGUCUCUCUGCCUCAAAUAUUUCCCUGAGAGGAGAGAAUCGUUUGUCCCUUCUACUCAAUUACCUUCUUCCUGGAUCUCCAACAGCCUCAAGGAGCACAACCCCUUUACCUACCCCACAAAGCACUCCACCUUCCAGUCCUAGGUGUGAUUCCAAGGGAACCACAAAUUUCCAGCCAACUGAGCAUGAGGUGUCUCCUUCUAAUGAUGAUAUCCCUAAAGUAGUAAUUCAUCCACCUGAGGAAGAUUUAGAAGCUCAGGAAAGCAAGAAGAGGACAGAGGAAAAUAGUGACAUAACACCAGGGCUCUUAGCAUCACCACAAUCUGCACCUGGUAAUUUGGAUAUUGGAAAAAGUGGAGAAUUUAAAAUUAGUGGAACAGGAGGGAGUAGAGAAAACAGUACCGUUGACUUCAGCAAGGUGGAUAUGAACUUUAUGAGGAAGAUUCCAAUAGGUGCAGAGGCAUCAAAUGUGCUUGUUGGAGAAGUGGCUUUUUUGGAGAGACCGAUUAUUGCUUUUGUGAGGCUGUCUCCAGCUGUGCUUCUCACUGGUCUCACAGAGGUUCCUGUUCCUACACGUUUCCUUUUUCUGUUGCUGGGACCAGCAGGUAAAGCACCUCAGUAUCAUGAAAUUGGUCGAUCAAUAGCAACACUCAUGACUGAUGAUGUUUUCCAUGAUGUUGCUUAUAAAGCCAAAGACAGAAAUGAUCUACUAUCUGGAAUUGAUGAAUUUUUAGAUCAAGUGACUGUUCUUCCUCCAGGCGAGUGGGAUCCUUCAAUAAGAAUUGAACCACCCAAGAGCGUUCCUUCUCAGGAAAAGAGGAAGAUUCCUAAAUUUCCAAAUGGAGCUGCUUCUCCUGGAGAACCCCUUAACGAAGAAGGUCAUCAUGCUGGACCUGAAUUACAGAGAACUGGAAGGCUUUUUGGUGGUUUGAUACUUGACAUCAAAAGGAAAACAUCUUUUUUCUUGAGUGACUUCAAGGAUGCAUUAAGUCUGCAGUGUCUGGCCUCGAUUCUUUUCCUAUACUGUGCCUGUAUGUCUCCUGUAAUCACUUUUGGAGGGCUCCUUGGAGAAGCUACAGAAGGCAGAAUAAGUGCAAUAGAGUCUUUAUUUGGAGCAUCAUUAACUGGAGUUGCCUAUUCACUUUUUUCUGGGCAACCUUUGACAAUAUUGGGCAGCACUGGACCAGUACUAGUAUUUGAAAAGAUAUUGUUUAAAUUUUGCAAGGAUUAUGAACUUUCUUAUCUUUCUUUACGAACCAGUAUUGGUCUGUGGACAUCAUUUUUAUGCAUCUUGUUAGUAGCAACUGAUGCAAGCAGCCUUGUGUGUUACAUUACUCGAUUUACUGAAGAGGCUUUUGCUGCCCUGAUUUGCAUAAUAUUUAUAUACGAAGCACUGGAAAAGCUCUUUCAUUUGGGAGAAGUAUAUCCUUUCAAUAUGCACAAUGACCUUGAUAAGCUGACAUUGUAUUCAUGUGUAUGUGCUGAGCCUCCAAAUCCCAGUAAUGAAACUUUAGAGCUGUGGAGGAACUAUACUUCUCUGGAUAACAUACCAUGGACCAACUUCACAGUUAAGGAAUGCAACAAUCUUCAUGGCAUAUUUGUUGGAUCAGCUUGUGGACAUCAUGGUCCAUAUUUCCCAGAUGUUCUUUUUUGGUCUGUCAUAUUAUUCUUUACAACAUUUUUCCUCUCUUCUUUUCUCAAGCAGUUUAAGACCAAACGUUAUUUUCCCACUAAGGUACGUUCUACAAUAAGUGAUUUUGCUAUAUUUUUGACAAUAGUGAUUAUGGUUUGCAUCGAUUAUCUUGUUGGAGUUCCUUCUCCUAAACUAAAUGUGCCUGAAAAUUUUGAACCUACACAGAGUGGUCGUGGAUGGCUUAUCAAUCCUCUAGGGAAUAAUCCUUGGUGGACCCUAGUAGUAGCUGCAGUUCCUGCUUUACUCUGUACCAUCCUUAUUUUUAUGGAUCAACAAAUUACAGCUGUUAUCAUAAACAGAAAAGAGCAUAAACUCAAGAAAGGUUGUGGUUAUCAUCUUGAUCUGCUCAUGGUUGGCAUUAUGUUAGGUAUCUGCUCUAUUAUGGGUUUGCCUUGGUUUGUGGCUGCAACUGUCCUUUCAAUAAGCCAUGUCAACAGUUUAAAAGUGGAAUCUGAGUGCUCAGCUCCAGGAGAACAACCAAAGUUCCUGGGAAUCCGUGAACAAAGAGUGACAGGAUUAAUGAUUUUUGUUCUGAUGGGGCUAUCAGUAUUUAUGACCUCUAUAUUAAAGUUUAUUCCAAUGCCAGUUUUAUAUGGUGUUUUUCUUUAUAUGGGAGCAUCCUCAUUAAAAGGCAUUCAGUUUUUUGAUCGUAUUAAACUGUUCGGUAUGCCUGCCAAACAUCAACCUGAUUUGAUUUAUCUCCGUUAUGUGCCAUUGUGGAAAGUACAUGUAUUUACAGUAGUUCAGCUUACGUGUCUUAUUCUUUUGUGGGCAAUUAAAGCAUCAGCUGCUGCUGUUGUUUUUCCUAUGAUGGUUUUAGCUUUAGUUUUUGUUCGCAAACUUAUGGAUUUGUGUUUCACCAAACGGGAGCUCAGUUGGCUUGAUGACCUUAUGCCAGAAAGUAAGAAGAAAAAGGAAGAUGACAAAAAGAAAAAGGCAAAGGAAGAAGCUGAACGAAUGUUUCAGGCAGUGGACAGUGAAACUGUACACCUUCCAUAUGAAAGAAGUGAAGUAUUACAGAUUCCUGUGAAAGCUCUAAAAUACAGCAUUGACCCCUCUGUGGUAAACAUAACAGAUGAAAUGGCCAAAACUGCACAGUGGAAGGCUCUUUCCAUGAACACAGAGAAUGCCAAAGUAACAAGAUCUAACUUGAGCCCUGAAAAUGAGCCAUGUGUGAAAAUAGAAAUUGAAAAAACAUCUGAAAUAAAGUAUGUAGAUGCUGAAACCUCAUUAUAGAGGUAAAACAAUGAUAUUAUUUUAUAGGAUAUACUGAAAGAGGGUGACUUCACAGCUUCUUUUAAGUACUAGGUACUUACGUGAACAGCAGUGAGAUUUUCCAACAAGAAAUGUCUAUCACUGUGGAAAUAUUUAUUUUAGUGGAAUGUUUAUUUCAAUUUUUUAAAUAGGAAAAAUAAUUUCCUUUUUAGUUAUUAGUAAGUCAAAGAUCAUCUUCAAUUAUAAAUUAUUGGUUUGCAUAGUAUGUGACAUUUUUAUAUAAUUUUAAAUACAAAUGUCCUGUUAUCAGGCAUUUGCUAGUUGGAAUUUUGCAAAAGUUAUGCCAGUUUAUAAGAACAAAUCAUACAUAUGCAACUUAGUGAAUUGCUGUAUUUCAGCCUUUAUUU